AUGCAGAAGUGGAGGGAGUACCAGCGCCAAUGCCUGAAAUACUUGUAUGAGGCACCCCCCAUUGCAGCAGGCAAGUUCUGCAACAGAACAUUUGACAACUAUGCUUGCUGGCCUGAUGGAUUACCUGGCACUUAUGUGAAUGUCAGCUGCCCCUCAUAUUUACCCUGGGCUAACACAGUGCUGCACGGGCAGGUGUACCGGUUUUGCACCCCUGAGGGGACGUGGCUGCUGAAGGAGAACUCGACCCUGCCCUGGAGGAACCUGUCAGAAUGCGAGGCCUCAGACCAGGUAAGAGAUGCACCAGAAGAACAGCUCCUGAAUUUGUCCAUCAUAUACACCAUUGGAUAUGCUCUUUCCUUCUCUGCCCUUGUAAUUGCAACUGCCAUUCUUCUUGGAUUCAGACAUCUGCAUUGCACAAGGAAUUACAUUCACCUGAACCUCUUCACCUCCUUUAUCCUCCGUGCUAUAUCCGUCUUCAUUAAAGACUCAGUGGUGAAGUGGAUGUACAGCACAGCCACACAAGAGCACCAGUGGGAAGGACUUAUCUCCUUCCAGGAAUCCCUCAUCUGCCGCUUGGUCUUUGUGAUGAUGCAGUAUUGUGUGGCUGCAAACUACUACUGGUUGCUGGUGGAAGGCAUGUACCUGUACACGCUGCUGGUACUUUCAGUGUUUUCUGAGCAAAGAAUUUUUCGUCUUUAUCUCUGCAUUGGCUGGGGUGUGCCAAUGCUGUUUGUUGUCCUCUGGGGAACUGUCAAGUACCUUUACGAAGAUGAGGGCUGCUGGAGCAGAAACUAUAACAUGAAUUACUGGUUGAUCAUCAGACUGCCCAUUCUAAUUGCUAUCGGGGUAAAUUUCCUGAUCUUUAUCAGAGUUAUAUGCAUCAUCAUCUCCAAACUACAAGCUAAUUUGAUGUGCAAAACUGACAUAAAAUGCAGGCUGGCCAAGUCUACGCUGACGCUGAUCCCACUGCUGGGGACUCACGAGGUCAUCUUUGCCUUUAUUACUGAUGAGCAUGCCAGAGGGAUGCUGCGCUUCGUGAAGCUUUUUACUGAACUCUCCUUUGCUUCUUUCCAGGGGCUGAUGGUUGCAAUUCUCUACUGUUUCAUCAAUAAUGAGGUUCAGAUGGAGUUUCGGAAAAGCUGGGAGCGGUGGAGAUUGGAACAUUUGUAUGUCCAGAGAGACAGCAGUAUGAAACCUCUGAAGUGUCCAGCCAACAGCAUCAGUAGCGGAGGCACAGUAGGCAGUAGUGUCUAUGCUGCCACUUGCCAGGCCACAUUCAGCUAA